CUUUUGUUCCAAUUUUCAGCUUUGUGAGAGACCUUGUAAUCAAAGGAGAUGGCUAGCAAUGUUACCAACAAAACAGACCCUCGAUCCAUGAAUUCCCGUGUAUUCAUUGGGAAUCUCAAUACACUUGUGGUCAAGAAGUCUGAUGUGGAGGCAAUCUUUUCAAAGUAUGGCAAAAUUGUGGGUUGCUCUGUGCAUAAGGGCUUUGCCUUCGUCCAAUAUGUUAAUGAAAGAAAUGCCCGAGCUGCUGUAGCUGGAGAGGAUGGCAGAAUGAUUGCUGGCCAGGUUUUAGAUAUUAAUCUGGCUGCAGAGCCAAAAGUGAACCGAGGAAAAGCUGGUGUGAAACGAUCUGCAGCGGAGAUGUACGGGUCAGUACCAGAACACCCUUCUCCGUCCCCUCUACUCAGUUCCUCAUUUGAUUUGGACUAUGACUUUCAACGGGAUUAUUAUGACAGGAUGUACAGUUACCCAGCACGUGUUCCUCCUCCUCCUCCUAUUGCCCGAGCUGUGGUGCCUUCUAAACGCCAGCGCGUUUCUGGAAACACCUCUCGAAGGGGGAAAAGUGGAUUCAAUUCGAAGAGUGGACAACGGGGAUCUUCAUCGAAGUCUGGAAAGUUGAAAGGUGAUGACCUUCAGGCCAUCAAGAAGGAGCUGACUCAGAUAAAGCAAAAAGUGGAUUCUCUGCUGGAAAGCCUGGAAAAAAUUGAAAAGGAACAAAGCAAGCAAGCAGACUUGUCCUUCUCAUCCCCAGUAGAGAUGAAGAAUGAAAAGUCAGAAGAAGAGCAGAGCAGUGCCUCUGUGAAAAAAGAUGAGACUAAUGUGAAGAUGGAGUCUGAGGCCGGUGCAGAUGACUCUGCUGAGGAGGGUGACCUGCUGGACGAUGAUGACAAUGAAGAUCGGGGGGAUGACCAGCUGGAGUUGAUCAAGGAUGAUGAAAAAGAGGCUGAGGAAGGAGAGGAUGACAGAGACAGCGCCAAUGGAGAGGAUGACUCUUAAGCACAUAGUGGAUUUAGAAAUCUUAUCCCAUUAUUCAUUUACCUAGGCGCUUGUGAGAGAUCAGAGUAACAGCAGAUCCUCUCCCCUAGAACUUCAGCACAUUCUCACUGUUCACCCUCUCCUUAUCCUUCCUGUUUCAUUGAUUCAUAAUUGCCCUGCGCCUAGUUCCAUUUUCACUUCCUUUGAUGCUCCUUAGUAGUUUUGUUAAGUCUUACCUUGUAAGUUUUGCUUUUAAUUUUGAUACCUCUUUGACUUAACAAUAAAAAGAUGUAUGGUUUUUAUCAACUGUCUCCAAAAUAAUCUCUUGUUAUGCAGGGAGUACAGUUCUUCCCAUUCCUAUGAUUUUGGUAGUUGCUUCCCUAACUGCAGAGGCAUCUCAUUUACUUGUAACCCCGAGAGCAGCUUUGCAUUAUAGGUGUGUGUUUUCCCUCACAUGAGUGGGGCUGUUCAACACGAAUGUAACCAUGUAUUUUUGUGAAUGAGAGUUGGCAUGUCAAAUGCAUCUUACAGGAAAAUAGUGUAAUAGUCUUAAUAUUUGUUUUCUAAAGUUAAUACCAUGGGUUAUUUUUGUGAACAGCCUGAUGUUUGGGAUCUUUUUCUCAAAAUAAACAAUUCCUUAUUAAACCAGGAA